CUUUUUUUCAUUUGUCUAAAAUAAAUGUCCUGGCCAAAGUUUUCGCCUUUCGUCAAUCAACUUAGCUCCAAAGAUUCCACUUUCUUAACAAGUGGACCGUCCUACUUCUUUUGUAGCUUUGCUUAAGAUCGAGAAAUGAGAGGGUUGAUCGAAUCAAUGGGUGCCAACAGAUUCAUCAUGUUGAAAAUAAUCCAUUUUGAUUUCGUUUUUGUGUUUCGAGUCGUUAAUUCCUUCUGGGUUUUUCUCUUCAAGUUCAUUGAAUCAUUCUUCAGGUUGCCAAUCAAUGGAUACCUUGAGGAUUUGGGCUCAAACUUUUAUGAGUUCAACGAAAGACAUAGAAAUGAUCAUGUCGUUGACCAAGGAAACAGAGGAGAGAGUUCUGCCAUGGCGGCGAGCACUAGCAAGUAUGAGUUUAUGUAUAGAAAAAGUAUUAGUGGAUUCAUUGAAGAAUCAAAGACAAAGAGCUUUACCAUGCAUGAGCUCUAUAUGGGUUCAAAUGACUCUGCCGAUUGCAAUGGUGGAAUCCUUGAUUCAUCGGACUCUGUCGGUGCUGAUAUUGGGAACGUCGAGGUUGAGACAAAACAGAGGAAUGUGCUCUGAGGUUUUCCUUUCAAAAGAGUUUCGACUUUGAGAAACAUAUGAAAGAAGAAGAAGAAGAGGAUUUUUUCAGGAAUUCACUUGUUGAAAGAACUAUCGAGCAGCCAGAGCAAGACAUCAAAUAUGUUGUUAGAGAAAAAACAAAGGAAUCAGUUGAGAAUUUCAUUGCGAAGAUUGAAACUGAAGAUAAUCAACUUGUUUCAGAGAAAACUGAUGACUUUUUUGAGAGUUCCGUAAUUGAUAAGUAUUUGGAAAAAUGGCGCCAAGAAAACGUGGAACACGAAAACCAUGAACGGAACACGAGGAUUCCAUGUGACAAAACAACAGUCUUUAAAGGGCCAAUCAAUCAUGGAGAAACACAGUCUGAAAAAGAUGAUAAAGAAGCAGACCCAAUGGUUUCCCCAGUAAAGACCAGAGGAAGAAACAUGCAAGAAGAUGAAGAUUCAGAGUUUGGUUCGGAGCAUGAUGAUGAUUUGAUGGAGCGGCUGAAAAUGGAAGUGAAGAUUGCGAGAACAGGUGGACUUGCUACUAUUUUCGAAGAUUUCGAGUCCCCAAAGAUGGUGAUUGGGCCACUGCAAAUUGACGAAAGAUAUGAUCACAAACAUCAUAUUGCUGAAAUCCAACAGGUUUACAAGAGCUACUCUCAUAAGAUGAGGAAACUUGACAUUCUGAAUUCCCAGACCAUGCAUGCAAUCAGUUUACUUCAACUAAAAGAUGUACCGAUUCAACUGAGCACACUUGCAAAAUCUUCAGCACCAGCAAUUAAGUCACUUCAUAAAGCCUUGUCAUUCAGACGAAGGAAGGCUGGAGCUGACCCAACCACGAAGUUGAUUAGAGGUUUGCACAAUGACUCUGAGACAGUCUAUGUUGGACAAAUAUGUCUUUCUUGGACAAUACUCCAUUGGCAAUUUGGACAAGUGAAGAAGUUGUUGGAAUGUAACACCCUUGGUGUUCAUCGGUAUAACCAAGUUGCUGGUGAAUUCCAACGUUUUCAAGUCAUUUUGCAAAGAUUCUUAGAGGACGAACCGUUUCGAACCGGAUCCAGAGUUGAAAAUUAUGUCAACUACCGAUGUUUGGUUCGACAUCUUCUUCAGGUUCCGGUUAUCAAAGAUGAUUGCUCAAAGUAUAAGGAAGAUGCAGUCUCAAGUGAGAUGCUAAAAGAUAUCAUUGAGGAAUCAAUGCAUGUUUUCUGGGAAUUCCUCCGAGCCAAUAAAGACGAACCAAAUUCGACCUCCAAGGCUCCGUUUCAAUCACAGGUUGCUCCGCAUGACCCUAUCGAUCUCGAUCUCUUGAUGGAUGUUAAAACAGAUCUUCAAAAGAAGGAGAAAAGGCUUAAGGAGAUCCAGAGAGGCACCAACUGUAUAAUAAAGAAGUUCCAAAGGCAACAACAUCAAGGGAAUCUAUUAGAUCAUGCAUUGUUCAUCGCUCACGUUGAACUGAAAUUGGUUUUGAGAGUGAUAAACAUGUCGAAAAUAAACUCGGAUCAGUUAGUUUGGUGCCAUGAGAGAUUACAAAGGAUUAACUUUAUUAGUGGCAGGAAGAUAGAGAUAGAGCCCUCAUUCACACUGUUCCCAUGUUAACAAUGGCCACCACUGCCACACUGUUGUAAAUACGUGUCUUAUUUAUGGCAGACGAAGCAAUACAAAGAUAUUGACAUUUUGACACAGAAAAGAAAAAAGAGAUCUUUUACAAGUUGGUCUUCAGACUUGUGCGAAGAAUAUCCUGUACAAUCAAUUCAACUAUAAUGGAAUAUGUUAAAUGAUGGAGCUCAA